UGUUACUUGCUGUGAAAACAAAACAAAACAAAACGCAUAUAAACAAAAGCAGUUGUGCAAAAUUUAGUUUUAUUUAUAUAUUUUUAACAAAAUGGCUGAUGACGCAGAUAGCUCGGUGGACAACAAGGCGGAGAAGAUGUUUACUUUGAAGAAAUGGAAUGCAGUGGCAAUGUGGAGUUGGGAUGUGGAAUGUGACAUUUGCGCUAUUUGUCGCGUACAAGUUAUGGAUUCAUGCCUGCGCUGCCAGGCGGAGAACAAGCGAGAUGUGCUUGGACGCCAGGAUUGUGUCGUCGUUUGGGGCGAGUGUAAUCAUUCAUUUCAUCAUUGCUGCAUGUCACUUUGGGUGAAGCAAAACAACCGCUGCCCACUGUGCCAGCAGGAGUGGUCAAUUCAACGCAUGGGCAAGUAGAUUACUCGCAUUUCCCCAAUUCCCUCCCCCAUGAUAUUUAAUUAAAUUUUAAGCAUACAUGUAUU